AUGGAGCGGCGAGCGGCGGGAGGGGCGCGGGGGUGGGAGCGGCCGGGGGCACUGCUGCCCGCGCUGCCUGCGCUGCCCCCGCCCCGCCCGCAGGUGAACCCCCGGGCCGCUGUCCCCGCACCCUCGGACCGAUGUCCCCGUGUCCCCCGCAGCCCCGGGCCGGAGUCCCGGUGUCCCCCGCACACCCCCGGCUCGCUGUCUCCGUGCCCCCCACAGCUCCGGGGCCGCUCCCUCUCCGCCCCCCGCCCCCCCGGCGGACCCCCUCACCUCCGCAGGGCGCUCCCGGCCGUGGCCGCCCGCCCGGUGCCUCCGCGGCCAUGCGGCUGCCGGGAGCGGAGCGCGGGGCUGCGCCGAGUGCGCGGGCGCGGGGCGGCGGCGGAGAGAGACGGGGAGCGGUGGGGAGCUAUGGGGAACGAUGGGGAGCGGUGGGGAGCGAUGGGGAGCGGAAAAACUCCUUAG